CUACAAAAUUCGCGUUGUUAAUGGAUAAAAGUUUUUGAACUCUCUGUAGUAUAACUUAUUUCCAUCAUUUUACGAACAAACACUUGGCUUAUUUGGCAUUUCGAUUAAUAUAGGGAUGUGGGAAACGUCACAGUACAUGCACAACCGUACACACGUACACCUAUGUAUUUAUACGCACGUAUUUGUAUGGUAUAGGUACGUGUGGGUAAAAGGGUUUUGGCAAGUCUAGAAGGGUUGGGUUAUAGCGUGUGGAAGCAGCCAAUAAAGAGCGUGGACUCUGCUCUGAACAGAACCGUUUAAUCCACGCUUUUCAAGUUUCAAGUUUCAACAGAACCAAAAGAUGGCGAGCGAAGAGCUCCUCAAGCCCUUCUACCUAAGAGCUACCCAAGCCGAGGAACGGUUAUGCAGACUAGAAGCUGUUCUAGCUGGCAAGACAGAUGCCGGAAAUCAGGAACUUUCCAAAUUAAUUAGUGAACUACAGGCAAAGCUAGAAGAUGCAAAUGCUGAGACACUUGCAGAGCGAGAGAAGGCUAAGAAGCUUGCUGUGGAAAAUGAAAAACUCAAAUAUCGGAUUGCCCAUCUUGUCCAAGCAGUUAGCAAGGCUGAUCAGAAGUUGGAGAGUAUGAGAGGUCAUGUUUCAGAAGCAACAGCACAAAGGUUGGAAAAGAUGAGAUUGUGAGUUUGGUCCCUCUGGAUUGACAUUAAGCUGAGAUAAAGUCUGGUGCUUUGUGACAAAAGAAUUCUAUAGAUUGUUCACACGUUUCUUGUGAAAGUGGUCUGAUUGUGCCUCUGCAAGGCAAGACACCUGUAAGAUUUACCUUUUGAAUUUGUAUAACCAAUUGGAUUGACUUGGUGUUGAUGAAAAAAAAACAUGAAUGCAAAUGCCCUUUACUUUGAAAUA